AUGGCUAGUAGAGGUGUUUAUUCAAGAUUGGAAGGGACAUAUGGGCAACAAAAUGUCAGGAGUCGAGUUAAAGUAGUGAUAGGUGGCGAGUCUUUCACCGCGCUCAGUGAAGGUUUGCAAAACGCACUUCAGCAACUAGGCGGGGCACCUGCCCAGCACCGUACUGAUAGUCUAUCGGCAGCUUUUAAAAACUUAAGCGCUGAUGAAGUAACUGAUGUGACAGAGCGUUAUGCUGCCUUGUGCCAACACUAUCAGAUGAAGCCUAGUCGUAACAAUCGUGGUAAAGGUCAUGAAAAUGGUGGUGUUGAGUCUGCUCAUGGUUAUAUAAAACGUCGAAUUGAACAAGCAUUAUUGCUACGAGGCGGUUGUGAUUUUGCCAAUGUUGAUGAAUACCAAGAAUUUAUUGAUGCUGCCGUAACGUCUCACAAUCAACGUAAUGCUAAAGCAUUAUCGGUUGAGAAACCCACUUUACUGCCGUUGGCUGAAGUUAGAACGAUGGGCUAUACUCAAGUACAAGCGGUGGUAACCAGUAGUAGUACGAUUGAUGUACGCCGAGUGACUUACACAGUACCAUCCCAGCUGCAAAGCUGUACCCUGCAAGUUAGGUUAUACGAUAAUCGUUUGGAGUGCUUUUGCGGUUGCAAGCACGUUAUUACUUUGCAAAGAGUGCACCCUAAAGGUAAAGCAUUGCGCGCUCGGAAUGUUGAUUAUCGGCAUGUGAUCCAUUCCUUGGUGAAAAAGCCACAAGCGUUUAGGUAUAGCCAACUCCGUGAUGAUCUACUGCCAAACGACAAUUAUAAACGUAUUUGGCAGUAUGCUGACAACAAGAUGGAUGCUAAGGCAGCUUGUCGCUUUAUUACAGGUGUGUUGCACUUAGCGGCAAAACACGAUUGUGAGAGCCAGCUCGCUCAAAUGAUAUUGGCUGAUAUGGACCAAGGGAACUCAUUGUCACUCUCAACCUUGCAAGCCAAGUUUGACAAAAAGAACACGCCGACAAUAGUGCCAAUGGUAAAUGUCGUUCAGCAUGCGUUGAAUCAAUACGACGAACUGCUCAAUCCUAUGGAGGUGUAUCAUGGCUAA